GGAACGAGGGCUGCACUUUUACUUCCAAAAUGUCCGUAACGCUGCACACCGACGUGGGUGACCUUAAAAUAGAGCUCUUCUGCGAUGCCUGUCCCAAGGCCUGCGAGAAUUUCCUCGCACUGUGCGCCAGCGAUUAUUACAGCGGAUGCGUCUUUAUCAGGAAUAUAAAGGGAUUUAUUGUCCAAACCGGCGAUCCCACCAAUACCGGGAAGAAUGGACAGUCUAUUUGGGGCCAGAAGUUCGACGAUGAGUUCAAGGAAACCGUCAAGCACACCGACCGAGGAAUGGUUUCCAUGGCCAACAACGGACCCAAUGCCAAUGCCAGCCAAUUCUUCAUCACAUAUGCUGCCCAGCCAAAUCUGGACCUGAAGUACACACUAUUUGGACGUGUCAUCGAUGGCUUUGAUGCUCUAGACGAGCUGGAGAAGCUGCCCGUCAACCCCAAGAACUACCGUCCCCAUGUGGACAAGAAGAUCAACGGCGUGACCAUACAUGCCAAUCCUCUAGCCACGUGAUAGAACACAAAAAUUCCCAAUCAUACGCUUAAAAUUAAGUAUAUUUAUAGCACUUAAGUUUACACGAUUUCUUCGAUUACAAACUAAUUGAUUGAGAAACAUCAAAUAUUGUGCAAAAGUACCUAACGACUAAAUCUUAAAAUCAGCCAAGUCACAAUUGUUUAUAAAAAAUUGCAUUGUUUAUGUCUAA